AUGCAGAUGCAACUGACCCUGCUGUUGGUGACUGCUUUAGCAACGGUAGGAGCUGCCCCACCUGACCUAGCCUUGCCCGGCUGCCCGAGCAAAUGCGGAAAUGUUUCAAUUCCAUACCCAUUUGGCAUAGGCAAUUCAAAGACGGGUCGCAGGUGUUUCUUGGAGGCAAAAAUGAACUUCACUUGCAACCAGAAUGAUUUAGUGUACGGUAAUGUCCCAAUUGUGAACAUAACCCUAAAGGGUAAAAUGGAAAUGCUAACCUACAUCUCCCAGGUUAGGAAAACGAGGUCAGAUGAAAAAGUAACAGAAAGUACCUGGUCCACAGUUAGUUUACCAGACUAUCCCAUUUCCAGCGAUGAUAACAAAUUCAUAAGUGUAGGGUGCGACACUUACGGCUAUCUCCGGAAUUUUCAUGAAGGUGAGAUAUCUUCAACGGGUUGCUUAAGUAUAUGUAAUAGCACAAAGGAUGUGCCGGCUGAUGGAAACUGCACGGGGGUGGGGUGUUGCCAGGUUGAUAUUCCUCGAGGAAUGAAGAAUAUUAGCGUGCGAGCGUAUACCUUUGACAAUUUCAGUGACACGUGGGAGUUUAAUAACUGUAGCUUAUCCUUUGUUGUCAAAAAAGAAAACUACAGCUUUUCUGUGGAUCAUUUGAAAAGUGUCCCGUUCGAGAUGGCUCCGUUAAUUGUUGAUUGGAAUGUUGGACAUGAUACAUGUGAAAAUGCAAAGCUUAAAGAUGACUAUGCGUGUAAAAAGAAUAGCCAUUGCGAAGACUCGGCCACUAGAUCUGGUUACCUUUGCCAAUGUAACAAAGGUUUUCAGGGAAACCCGUACCUUAAUGGUUGUCAAGAUAUUGAGGAAUGUAAGACUGAUGAUCAACACAAUUGCGUAAGUAAAGAUAAUUGUCGUGAAAAACAAGGGUCUUUCGAAUGUUUCUGUCCUGAGGGACAAAUCGGGAAUGGAACGAGAGAAAGUGGAGGAUGCCGACAAAAGCAGCGAGAUGAUAAAUUUACCAAGGUUGCCACUGGUGUAGGUGCAGGAUUAAUGGCUUUACUUUUUGGGAGUUCUUGGUUAUACCUGAUAUACCAAAAAAGAAAACUCAUCAGAUUAAAGGAGAGGUUCUUUCGGCAAAAUGGUGGUAUCAUUCUGAAACAACAACUCUCAGUAAUAGAAGACUCGUCCCAGUCUACUAUGAUUUUCACAUCAGAGCAACUUAAGAAAGCCACCAACAAUUAUGACGAAAGCAUGAUCAUCGGUUCAGGAGGUUAUGGUACAGUUUUCAAAGGUUUUCUUUCAGAUCAUAGGAUUGUUGCUGUCAAGAAAUCCAAAGUAGGGGAUCAGAGCCAAAUUGAGCAAUUCAUUAAUGAGGUGGUUGUGCUAUCACAAAUUAAUCAUAGAAAUGUGGUCAAACUCUUGGGUUGUUGUUUAGAGACAGAAGUUCCUUUAUUGGUCUAUGAAUUUGUUAACAAUGGUACCCUUUUUGAUUACUUACACAAAGGCAAGGAAACAACUAAUGUAUCUUGGAAAACUCGUUUAAGGAUAGCAGCAGAGGCAGCGGGAGCAUUAUCAUAUUUGCAUUCAGCAGCCUCAAUACCCAUCAUCCAUAGAGAUGUCAAAACUGCCAACAUCCUCUUAGAUGACACUUACACUGCCAAAGUGUCUGAUUUUGGAGCUUCAAGAUUGGUUCCACUUGACCAUACUGAAAUAGCCACAAUUGUGCAAGGAACUUUUGGCUACUUAGACCCAGAGUAUAUGCAAACUAGCCAAUUGACUGAGAAAAGUGAUGUUUAUAGCUUCGGGGUAGUGCUUGUAGAAUUGCUUACUGGGGAGAAGCCUUUUUCUUUUGAUAAGACAGAAGAGAAAAGAAGUCUUGCUGUGCACUUUCUAUCUUGCUUGAAAGAGGAUCGCUUGCUUGAAGUUAUUCAAGUUGACAUUUUGAAUAUAGAAAAUAAAGAACAGGUCAUGGAGGUUGCUAUUCUUGCUUCCAGGUGCUUGAGACUUAGAGGGGAUGAAAGACCUGGCAUGAAGGAAGUGGCAAGGGAGUUAGAUAGAAUAAAACUCGUGGAAGAGCACCCAUGGACCAACACAAACCAAGAGCAUGAGGAGAUCCAAUACUUACUUCACGAGGCACAUAGCAUUCGUGAACAUGGUGAUAGUAGUGACCAACAAAAUACUGGAUAUGACAGCUUGAGAGAUCAUGUAUUGAUUGCCAUGGAUGAUGGAAGAUGA